AGGGUCAGUACUAUGCGGAGGAGGUAGAGAAUCUGACAGCAGGACGGGAAGUGCGGCGGUCCAGCAGCCUUGUGUCUUUGGACCCCACGUUGGAGGAUGGUCUUCUGAGAGUAGGAGGUCGUUUAGGGCACGCGAUGGGCGUGGCCUAUGAAAGUAAACAUCCUUUGAUCAUUCCAAAUAAAGGGCGAAUUCCGGAAUUAAUCAUACGGGAUAUUCACGAGAGGGUUGGCCAUGCAGGUCGUCAAUGUGUCCUGGCGGAAUUGCGUAAGAGCUUUUGGCUAAUCAAAGCCAAUACGGCGGUUAGGAGAUGUCUCCACCAAUGCCUCCGCUGCCGCAGGCUUUUUCGUACUACGGAGACGCAAAAAAUGGCUGAUUUGCCUGCAGAUCGAAUACAGCAAAGUGAGCAGCCAUGGGUGAGUACCGGGGUAGAUUAUUUUGGACCAUUCUAUACCAAGAGAGGGCGUGGACAGGUCAAACGUUACGGUGUCAUUUUUACAUGCUUGGCCAUUCGCGCCGUCCACCUGGAAGUAGUCGAAAGUUUGUCGUCCGACUCUUUUAUAUGCGCCCUAAAGCGCUUCGCGGCCAGGCGGGGCUCACAAAUAAGAAUCAUGCGUUCUGACAACGGGACAAAUUUUGUGGGAGCGGAUCGGGAGCUGAAAAAAGAGCUCGAGUUUCUUGUUCAGCAUGAAGCCCAAAUUCGGAGAGACUUGAUAAAUCGAGGUAUUGAAUGGCGUUGGAACCCCCCUGGUGCCUCUCACUUCGGAGGCGCAUGGGAGCGAUUGAUUAGGAGUGUUCGUAAGAUACUGAGCGGUUUACUCAGGGAGCAAACAUUUACUGACGAAACACUAACCACAUUCCUUUGUGAAGUGGAAAGCAUUAUGAAUAAUCGACCCUUGGUACCAGUGACAAGUGACCCUCGAGACGACCUGCCGCUAACGCCCAAUCACUUGCUGCAUUUACGUUCUGUUUUGCUACCAGCCUCAAUGGUGACAGAUAUAGAUGCGUUUAGCAAAAAGAACUGGAAACGAGCAUCGUUCCUUGCAGAGCAGUUUUGGCGACGUUGGCGUGCGGAAUAUCUCCCAUUACUUCAGCCACGGGCCAAGUGGUCAAGGCUCCAGACAAAUUUGCAGGUAGGCGAUGUGGUGCUUAUUGUUGACAGUUCAGUUCCGCGGGGUGUGUGGCCUCUUGGCUUGAUAGAAGAGGUCAGAACAAGCACUGACUCGAGGGUACGAUCCGUCAAAAUCCGGUGUAAAGGUACCACGAUUUGGCGGCCUGUUCAAAAGCUAGUUAAAAUCACGGAAAGUUAAAAAUCUCUCAAUCUGAAUAAAUUUGAUCCCAUAGUAUCAAAUGGGCCGGGUGUUAAAGCCGAGUAUCUUUUUAUGUUGGCUGCAAAAUGGAUCUUAAUCUGUCGAGUUUUUCUUCUGUUGGCAGGUAUCUUAUGUUAACGGCACAUGUCUUAUAUAUGUUUCUAGCGUUUGUCUCGUGAGGUCAGAUUUAAUUUGCUGAUUCAAUUGUUGUUUCGUUGGCCAGAGAUUAUGUUAUUUUUCUAGGUUUUGGUAUCGCUUUUUUGUCAUUUUUAUGUUUUAUGCUUUUGCGUCCGUUUACAAAAUCACCAAAGGACAGUGAGCGGGUGAGCGGCGCGAAGCGGGACGAAUUGAACGAACUUGAACGAACGAACCUGAACGAACGAACCUGAACGAACGAACUUGAACGAACGAACCUGAACGAACGAACCUGAACGAACGAACUUGAACGAACGAACCUGUACGAACGAACUUUACGAACGCGCUUAUACGAACGCCAACGAAUGUUAAAUCGGCGGUGUCAAGUUCUUGCCGGUGGCUGCAGAACCUGAAACAAUCCAAAACCGUUUUUAAAUACAAUGAGUAUUGGAUCCUGAGGCUCCACCGGUAAAA